AAGUUCAACAAACAGAUGAGCAGACACGUGGGGCCUCGGCUCCACUCUUUACUCUGAUAAAGAUAAAAACAGAAUGGGAUGUGACUUCAUCGUGCAGCGUCAGAUUACUAAUUCGUCCUGUCAGUAUUUAAGGUUCCCGUAUCGGUUGGUGCAAAGAUGCGACUGUCAUCUGGGCCCUCGUGAUCUCCUGGAAGCCUGUAUGAGAGGCCUUCUGCGUCAAAAUUACCAUCACCUUUGUGGAUAAGUAAAGUUACUGGAUUUGCAGAAGGUUUAAGACAUCAAGAAUGUCAGCUGGGGAGGCCUUCGUCACUCUGGCCACCACAGACUCAUACUGCAUGGGAGCUACAGUGGUGGCUCGAAGCUUACAGCAUCAUGGGACAUCUCGCAGCAUCGUUAUCAUGGUGACACCAAACAUCUCAGAACAGUCUAGGCUCGCCCUUAAGAAUGUGUUUGAUGAGGUUGUUAUCGUGGAUCUGAUGGACAGCGAGGACCGCAUCAACUUGUCCUUGCUGGGACGUCCAGAGCUCGGCAUCACCUUCACUAAGAUCCACUGCUGGACUCUGACCCAGUACAGCAAAUGUGUCUUUCUGGAUGCUGACACACUUGUUCUGUGUAACGUGGACGAGCUGUUUGAGAGAGAUGAGCUGUCAGCGGCUCCCGACCCUGGCUGGCCUGACUGCUUCAACUCUGGCGUGUUUGUCUUUAGACCCUCCCUCCAAACCCACGCCAGCAUCCUAGAUCACGCCCUGCAGCAUGGCAGCUUUGACGGGGGGGACCAGGGCCUGCUGAACUCUUUCUUCAGUAGCUGGCCAGUGGAAGACAUCAGUAAACACCUGCCAUUUGUCUACAACCUCAGUGCCAGCUCCGUCUACAGCUACCUCCCUGCUUUCCAGCAAUUCGGCCACAAUGCAAAGAUCGUCCAUUUCUUAGGACCAGCGAAACCCUGGAGCUCCAGCAGCAAGGCGGACGACGGCAGCUCACACACCAUGGAACACUUUGUAUCUCUGUGGUGGAAGGAAUACGUCAGUCACUCAAAAUCCUCUCAACCAGGGGAACAGCUCAGCCAAGACCGGGAGAAACCAGAACAGAUCCAAGAACAGGAAGCCAAGAUGCCAUUUAGGAAAACCUUGGACAGCUCCAAUUCACUGCUCACACAUUUUUCACCUCCUUCUGAGAGGCCUCAUUCACCGUCUGAACCAAAGACGAGUUCCCUCACAGAUAACACACCGUUGGAGGAAGAGUCAAGAUCAUCUGAGAGCACAGAGAUCCAGGACUCACUGUUUGGAGCAGAGGGCAGCGGGGGCAGCGGGGGCAGCGAGGGUGCCACGGACACGGAAACACAUCCUACGGCAGCAGACACGGAAGCAGAGCGGCUGGAGCAUCGCAGGCAGUGGGAGGUCGGGCAGAUUGACUACCUGGGCAGAGAUGCCUUCCAAAACAUCCAGAGGAUGCUGGACCGCUUCCUGGAUUAACAAAUCACACACAGGAGCAGCUCUAUAACCCAAACUGACCUGUGUCCUUUUGAAGUGUCCUGUUUGGUAGAGUUUAGUCUGAACACAAGAGUGACUGCUUUUCUAUGCUGUGAUGUCAGGAUUUGACUGAUAUGUGUUUUUUGUCUUUAAAGUCCCUAUGUUUAGGAUUUCUGACACCUAGUAGUAGCAUCAUGAUGAUACAGCUAAGAGUGAGGUAUACCACUCCCAACCACACUGUGACUGACCUGGAGACGGAAACAAACACAUACACUGAACUAACUUCACCGAGAUUGUUUCAUUUUUCUACAAACAAAAACCGAAUCCUUUGAAAGAUGAUAAAAUCUACACUUUAAUAUUUGAUAUUUUGUGCCACUGUCAAUAAACAAUUUUAACAACCCUAACCCUUAAACAAUAAUUUUGACAUGAAACAGUAGGGUAAACAUAAUUACGGUUACAUUCCAUUUAGUGUAGCAGAGCCUUCUUAGUGAGCCAAAAUGGAAUGAAAACAAAACCAGACUAUGUUUGACCUAAAUGAAACAGAACCUUAAUUAGUAUCAUUAGUAACGCCUGUGUUUACCCUACUAUUUCAAAUGGCUGCAGUGAAAAAGGUCUAUUGAACUCUAUAUCCAGGUUUGACUUGGUAGUUUGAGUAGGUACAUUCAUCGUUGUUUUGGAAAAAAGAAAAGAUAGAAUAUCACCCAACCUAUCCUUCAAGUCUAUAUCGCAGAAUCACUUAAACUCCAAGGAAUGAAGCACCUUUAUAUGUAGUAGUGUUCAAACAUACAUAUUUAAUGUACUCCAGAGAAAUACUUGUCUUUUCUUUACUUUGACUCCAGAAUUUCUUACCAUCCACUUAUGUUGUUCACACUCUGAUAGCACUCUAUGUUACUCUAUUAAUACCAAACUGACAGUCGCUUCAGUUGAUGCAAUAUCUUGAUAUUUUGAUUAGCUGCUGCAACAGUAGCAAACAAUCAUCUUCAAUCAAACAAAGAAUCAAUAUUGCACAGAAACUUUCAGGUAACUGCACACAGGUAAAUAUAAACAUUAUGUCCUCUGCUUCCCACCCUCUGAGUCUCCAUCUGCACCAAACCUACCAUAGGUCUGUUUCAAGCAAUGGCACAUCAAGUCCUUGUUACAUUGCUUGUUUUUAGCUCUACACUUUAGCUCAAAUACACAUUUAGGUGUUUAUUUUACUACACUGAGUCUGUUUGCAUCUGUAGAUUUCACCAAAAGUUAGCAUUACAUAAUGCCUCAUUUGCAUAUUCAAACAUAACAUUUAAGAUAACUUGUAAUACAAAAAAUAAUUGUCAAAAAGUAAUCAGCUGGGGAAGUUUCAUUGAUUUAUUUUUAAAGCUGUUGACAGUAUUUUCUGAUUUAUGGAGUGAUAAAGAUAGAUAUCUAAAAUUCCCUCUGUAAAAACCUUUGACUCAAAUAUGUCAACAAAAUGAAUUAAGAAUUUUUAACCUGGCUUUAUCCAAUGUUCAGAUUUCUGGAAAUGUAUGGAAAUGUAUGCAAAUUAACAUAUUUGAACUUAACAUUUCCGAAAACUUGUAAUAUAAAAAUGUAUUGUCUUAAUGGAAGUAAUCAAUUGAGGGAGUAUCAUGGUGAUAUCUAUGAGUUAAAUUAAGUUAAUUUCUACCCUAUUCACCUGUGGUGUCCUCCCAUAAACUGUAAUAUUUGUGGUCUGUUUGUGCUCUGCAGUAAUAAAUACUGUAAUACAUGGAAGAAGAA